UAAACCACCCACCUCGAUCGGCUCCUCUCUCUCUUCUUGCAAAACCCUAGCUAGGUCCCAAACCCUCUCCUCUCCCCUUCGUCUCCUUCGUUGUAUAGCUCGAGAUCUCGCCAACAAUGGUCCGGUCGCGGAAGAACGCGGAGGCGCAGCUCCCCCGCCCCGUCCGCGUCAAGAACAAGGCCCCCGCCCCGAUCCAGAUCACCGCGGAGCAGAUCCUGCGCGAGGCGCGCGAGCUCCGCGACCGCGAGAUCCGCCCCCCCAAGCGCGAGAUCGCCGGCCCCGACGAGCUCGCCGAGCACCGCCUCCGCUGGCGCGCGGAGUUCGAGGGCCGCCUCCGCCGCGGGCGCUCGAGCGCCUCCGCGUGGGCCAAGUACGCGCGGUGGGAGGAGUCCCAGGGCGACUUCCCCCGCGCCCGCUCCGUGUGGGAGCGCGCCCUCGACGUCGACUACCGCAACCGCACCCUCUGGCUCGAGUACGCCGAGUUCGAGAUGCGCAACCGCUUCGUCAACCACGCCCGCAACGUCUGGGACCGCGCCGUCUCCCUCCUCCCCCGCGUCGACCAGCUCUGGUACAAGUACAUCCACAUGGAGGAGAUGCUCCGGAACGUCCCCGCCGCCCGCCAGGUGUUCGAGCGCUGGAUGCAGUGGCAGCCCGACGCCCAGGGCUGGCUCUCCUACGUCAAGUUCGAGCUCCGCUACGGCGAGGUCGCCCGCGCCCGCGCCGUCUACGAGCGCGCCGGCGACCUCCUCUCCGAGGACGAGGACGCCCAGAAGCUCUUCGCCGCGUUCGCCGAGGAGAGGUGCUAGAACAUAUAAUUACAGAGCGCGAGGUGCAUUUACAAGUAUGCGUUUGGACCGGUAACGUGAAGUACCUAGAUUUCGAAUCUGUCGUCCCAAAUAUCAUUUAAAAUAUAAUUACAAAAUAGUGUAAGUUUUUUAUUUAAUUAUGAUUAGAAUUUGUUGUUAUUCAAAAUAAAAAUUAAAUUUAUCAUCGGUUAUGAAUUGAUAAUUAUAUAUUGUUAAGUAUGAAUUAACUAGAUGAAUAAGUCACAGUAAACACAACUGUAUAAGGCUAAGGGUGUCGUUCAUAGUGUAAUCAAAUACUUUUUAUUAAUAGAGUAUUAUUUUAGUUA